AUGCCUCCCGAUCUUCUUGCUGUUCUCUUCAAUGUCGAUGUGUUGGUGAUCGGUGCAGGACCAACCGGUUUGGGCGCCGCCAAACGUCUCCAGCAGCUGAACAGUGCCACGUGGAUGAUCAUUGACGCAAACGAAACCCCCGGUGGACUGGCCUCCACAGACAUUACCCCCGAAGGCUUUCUGUCUGAUGUCGGUGGGCAUGUUAUAUUCUCCCACUACAAGUAUUUCGACGACUGCCUCCACGAAGCCCUCCCCAAGACAGAGGACUGGUACGAGCACCAACGGGUCUCCUAUGUCCGCUACCAGGACCGCUGGGUCCCCUACCCUUUCCAGAACAAUAUCUCCGUCUUGCCCAAGGAGGAGCAGGUGCAAUGCAUCGAGAGUCUAAUUGACGCCGCCUUGGAGGUCCGCACCCGCCCUGCGUCGGACAAGCCCCAGAACUUCGACAUCUGGAACACCCGGAAUGUCGGUCAGCAACUGAACGAGAUUUUCAUGCGCCCGUACAACUUCAAAGUCUGGGCGAUGCCCCCGAGCAAGAUGAACGCCACCUGGGUUGGCGAGCGGGUGGCUGCCCCCAACCUCAAGCUGCUGACCAGCAAUGUCAUCCUUAACAAGGUGGCUGGCAACUGGGGACCCAAUGCCACUUUCAAGUUCCCUGCCAACGGCGGUACCGGUGGCAUCUGGAUUGCUGUAGCCAACACGAUUGCCCAGGAGAAGACCCGCUUCGGUGAGCACGGCACCGUGGUCAAGGUUGACGCCGAGGCGAAGAAGGUCUACCUGAAGGACGGUCUGUACCAUUGUCACUACGGAUCGCUUAUUUCGACCAUGGCGGUUGACUACCUCGCCGAGGCCAUGGCGGACACCGCACUGCAGCAGCAUUGCGAACCCCUCUUCUACUCCUCCACCAACGUGAUCGGUGUCGGUAUCCGUGGGACGCGCCCUGAGCGCAUCGGAGAUAAGUGCUGGCUUUACUUCCCCGAGGACAACUGCCCCUUCUACCGUGCUACUAUCUUCUCCAACUAUUCCCCCAAUAACCAACCUCAGCAAAAGGUCAAGUUGCCUACCAAGCAACUUGCCAACAGCCAGAAGUCUGCUUCUUCCGACGCCCAGGAGGGACUAUACUGGUCUAUUAUGUUGGAAGUUUCUGAGUCGCAGUAUAAGCCGGUCAACCACGACAUUCUGUUAGAUGACUGCAUCCAGGGUCUCAUCAACACCACGUUGCUUCAGCCCGAGGACGAGAUCGUAAGCACCUACGUGCGGCAUUUCGACCACGGAUACCCCACUCCCAGUUUAGAGCGCAACGGCGCUCUGAACAAGAUUCUCCUUUAUCUACAGCAAAAGGACAUCCUCUCCCGUGGCCGUUUCGUUGACCACAUUAUUUCUGGUGCAGUCGAGCUUACUUUGGCCUACCCGGACUUUGUCAACGGUCGUGCCAACACUGAGCGCCGCCUGAGCAGCAUGAAGACUGUUACCCAAUGA